CUUAUAUCGACAAGAUGAAGCGCAAACUUGAUGAGAAUGAUGUCCCUUCCUCUCAACCCGAUGAACCUGUCCAGAAUCCCGUCUCCUCCUUCGAAUCCUUCGACUUAGACCCUCGCCUGAUCCAAGCCAUUGCAAAAUCCGAAUUCUCCACUCCAACACCCGUACAAGCAAAAGCCAUCCCUCUCGCACUAGAAGGUCAGGAUAUCCUCGCAAAGUCAAAGACAGGCUCUGGAAAGACGGCCGCAUAUGUCCUUCCGACUUUGCAGUCCAUUCUGCGCCGAAAAUCAUCGACCUCAAAGCAAAAGGUUACAUCUACAUUGGUUCUGGUCCCAACAAGGGAAUUGGCGGAUCAGGUUUACAGAGCGUACACCAACUUUGCUGCAUUCUGUUCCAAAGAUGUCCAGGUCUUGAACCUGACACAGCGUGUUGCUGAUGCGGUUUUGAGCGCCGUACUUUCUGACUUUCCCGAUGUUGUUGUGUCUACUCCUGCAAGGGCCAGCCAGUAUCUCAACUCAGGCAAACUCUCUCUGGAGCACCUCAGCCAUCUGGUCAUUGACGAGGCCGAUAUUGUUCUUUCGUACGGUUACGAAGAUGAUAUCAACAACAUCUCCACUUUGAUGCCAAGAGGCGUGCAAACAUUUCUCAUCAGCGCUACCUUGACUCCAGAAGUGGAAGAGCUAAAGACCUUGUUCUGUCGAGAUGCUCAGGUUGUCAAGAUUGAUGACAAGGAAGAAAAGGGUGAAGGCAUCACUCAAUAUGUUGUCAAAUGCGCAGAAGAGGACAAGUUCCUGCUCAUGUUUGUCGUCUUCAAGUUGAAAUUAGUCAGAGGAAAGUGCCUGAUAUUUGUCGAAGACGUCGACCGAAGCUACCGAUUGAAGCUCUUCCUAGAACAAUUCGGUAUCAAGUCAUGCGUGCUCAACGCUGAGUUGCCCGUGAACUCGAGAUUACAUGUUGUCCACGAAUACAACAAGGGAAUGUAUGAUAUCUUGAUCGCGGCUGAUGACCAAGAAGUUCUCGGAGGUGUGGUGAAGAAGAAACAGAAGAAGACGUCCAGUUCGCACACAGCAGACCAAGGCGACGAGCUCAGUGAUGAGGAUGACGGCGAAGAUCAGCCACGAAAGAAAGCCAAAGUCGCCAACCACGAAAAGGACUAUGGAGUUUCCCGAGGCAUUGAUUUUCAAAAUGUGGCCUGUGUAGUCAACUUUGAUCUCCCACACACAUCCAAGUCAUACACGCAUCGGAUUGGACGGACAGCAAGAGCAGGAAAAACCGGCAUGGCCUUGUCGUUUGUGAUACCCAAAGAUGAAUUCGGCAAGCACCGACACACGAGUAUCCCAGGAUCCAAGAAUGACGAACGAGUUCUCGAAAAGAUCAUUGCUCGUCAAGCGAAGAAAGGCAAUGAAGUCAAACCAUACCAGUUCGACAUGUCUCAAGUCGACGGAUUCCGCUACCGAAUGAACGAUGCAUUGCGCGCAGUCACGGGGGCGGCGGUGCAUGAGGCGCGUGCCCGGGAAAUCCGACAAGAAUUGGUCAAGAGUGAGAAACUGAGAAAACACUUUGAAGACAAUCCAGACGAUCUUCGACAUCUGAGACACGACGGGGAACAUGGCGCCGUGGUUCGACAUCAGACACAUUUGAAGCAUGUGCCGGACUAUCUGAUGCCAGCUCAAGGAAACAAGGCGUUGAAUUCCGAGUCAGUUGGGUAUGUAGGGUUCAAGAAACUCGACGGCAAGGAGAAACGAAAAGAUCAAAAACGCAGAUCCAAGUCGGUGCAUAAGGGUAGAAAGGUGGGGAAAGCAAAAGGCAAGAUCGAUCCAUUGAAGUCGUUUAGCGCAAAGAAAAAGCGAUGAUAUAGGGAAUGAAUGCAGAGGCACGAUAGGAUAUUGUGACGGGUCGAGUGGUUUUAGUCAGUGCUAUACCAAAUCAAUGGAUUGAUUCC